CGGACGUGCCACGUCAUUCAGCGUGUAUCCAUCCAUUGGUCAAACACAAGCAUAUGCUGCUUCUUUUUCCUCCCGAUGGCAGUUUUACGCCUCAAACUGUAGAUAAUAUUUUGCCUGAUCAUCUUAACUAAGCUUAUACCUUCGAGAAACACUUUUAUGUUUGUCAUAUGCAUCUUUAAAGGCUUUGCAAUCGUUUCUAGCAGUCGUUCCCUUUGUGUUUGUUUCUUUUGCAUCACUUUUCGAGACAAUGGAGUCUCUCCGUCAUCAGCGCUUACAGCCCGGUAUCGGAUACGGAGCGAGCGCGACCGGGACUCUCCGGUCCCUGCGGCCCGGUGUAACUGGGACUCUUUCCUCGGCACAGGGUUCCCGCGUCUCGGUGUCUGCGUCCCCGGGGCCGCCGCCACCACCGCCGCCCCUCCAGCUCCACAGCCUCGGGUCCGGUAUCAUGGGCAGCGGGUUCGGUUCGGUGGACAUGUCCGCGGGUCUGGGUCUGUCCAACCCCACCAACCCCGCGGUUCUGAGAGAGGCAGUGGACGCGGUGGUCCGGAGCUUUGCCAAACACACGCAAGGAUACGGCAGGGUGAAUGUCGUGGAGGCCUUGCAGGAGUUCUGGCAGAUGAAGCAGUCUCGAGGUGCUGACCUGAGGAACGGGGCUCUUGUGGUCUAUGAGAUGGUCCCAUCCAAUAACCCCCCUUACGUCUGCUACGUCAGUCUCCCCGGGGGAAGUUGCUUCGGGAGUUUUCAGUUCUGCCCGACCAAAGCUGAAGCAAGACGGAGUGCGGCCAAAAUUGCCCUAAUGAAUUCUGUUUUCAAUGAGCAUCCAUCUCGACGCAUCACAGAUGAGUUCAUAGAGAAGAGUGUGUGUGAGGCUCUAGCCUCUUUUAAUGGAAACAGAGAAGAAGCUGAUAAUCCUAGUACAGGCAUCGGUGCUUUUCGGUUCAUGUUAGAGUCUAACAAGGGGAAAUCUAUGCUAGAGUUCCAGGAACUGAUGACAGUUUUCCAGCUUCUCCAUUGGAAUGGUAGUCUCAAAGCCAUGAGAGAAAGGCAAUGCUCUCGUCAGGAAGUGCUGGCUCAUUACUCCCACCGAGCGCUAGAUGAUGACAUGCGUACACAAAUGGCUGCCGACUGGGUCAGUCGAGAACACACUUUAUCUGGUACCAUCAAUCGAGAGAUGGCAGCCACCGAGCGCGAGCUGGAAGAGGCUCGUCUGGCAGGACGGGAGCUGCGCUUUUAUAAGGAAAGGAAAGACAUUCUGCUAAUGGCAGUGGGGCAGCUAGGUGGGUCAAACACUACAACUCUGCCCUGCACAUGCUGAAGAGCAUGAAGACGUGUCAGACGUGGCGUAUGAUUGUACCAGAUAGCACUCCAAAACUCAAAACGGUCUUUUUUAACUUGUGUAUGUGUGUUUGUGUGGGAGGAGUAGUCAAAGAAUCAGCAUUUUGAAUAAUUUCACAGACAAAAAUGGUGAAUGAUUUAUACGUUUCUGUCUUUUUGAUCUGAACAUGUAAGGCAUUUUAAACUUGAACAGAAUUAAGCGGUAUAUUGCUAUUAUUACUAUACCAGUAUUAUCCUCCAGUGUUAUCGGUUGACUGUACUGGCACAUGGACCUAAUAUGUCGGGGAAAUCAGAUUUUGAGGCCUUGUUUGCAUUGUACUACUCAUGAAUCCUAUUACACAUGGGCACUUAUUUCCUUUGCUAAUUCCUUUGCUAAUUUACUUUUCUUAGGAGAUACAGUUAUGUGGUCAAGUCACCUUCAUUUAUGUUGUGCUUUUUACAGUACAGGUUGAUCACAGCAAUAUUGUAUCAAUAUUCUGCAUUUACAUUCACAUAAUAGCCUUGCUCAUUUAUUUGCUACACAUGUGCUUUUGGGGAAUACACAAACCUUUGCUUUGUAAUGGUAAUCUUAAGUAUGUUUAACUCAACUUUUCCACAAGAGCCAGUGGCAUUAGCAUAGAUGUUUGCUAAGGGAACAACCACAAAAUAUUUGCAUAGGACCAAAGUCAGAUUUUCUCACACACUGUCAUUGGUGAGAAAUCCCAGCACAGGAAACAUAGCAAGGCCAUUUCCUCCAGCCUUCUGACAGAAAAACUGAAUCUGUGCACUCAUUAUAAUGCCUUCUGUUACUUUUGUGAUUGUAGAGCAAUCAUGCUCAUUCACAGCAACAUUUAAUGUCUACCUCCUCUCUGAAAGCUUUUGUGAACAUUUAUAUGCAUACAAGUGCGGAUGGGAUUUGUGUUCAAGGAAUAGUCCACAAAAAAAUGAACAUUUUCUGAAAAUGAAGCUCUCCCUCAGGCCAUCCAAGAUGUAGAUGAGUUUUUUUUUCUUCAUCAAAACGGAGAAAUGUAACAAUACAUCACUUGUUCACCAAUGGAUGCUCUGCAGUGUAUGGGGUGCCGUCAGAUUGAGAGUCAAAAGAGCUGAUAAAAACAUCACAGUAAUCCACAAAUAAUCCACAAUGUCCAUAAUAUCGGCUUCUCCAGUGAAAUGAAUCUUGUCUGAAUCAGAAGAUAAAUAUGCACAACUCAAGCACAGUUUACAAGUAAUAACAGUCCAAAACAGCUCUAAACAAAUGUGUCAGAGACAACAGGAGAUGGAAUUUUUUUUUUCUGAGGAAACUUGAUUAUUGAACCGUAUUUUAGUCGAAAGCAACAAUUUAAAGUUAAAACACUGUAAUGAUGGUUUUGUUUCUUACAAACAUGCAGUUUGUCACUUCACAAGACGUUAACUAAUGGCCUGAAUUAACUGUGGAUUAUUGUGAUGUUUUUAGCAGCUGUUCGGACUCCCAUUCUGACGGCACCCAUUCACUGCAUUAGUGAGCAAGUGAUGCAAUGUUAAUCUUCUCUAAAUCUGUUCUGUUGAAGAAAUAAGUUCAUAAAUAUCAUGGACGUCCUGGGCGAGAAUAAAUUCUCAGCAAAUUAGCCUUUUUGAGAGAACUAGUACUUCAAGAUAAGCAAUGCUUUCCAAUAGGAUGCUUGAUUCAGUGCCACAGGAAAAACACAUAUAUUGCGUCUUAUAGACACACUUGUUGCUUUCCCAAUUCAAAAUGGUCCUUAUAGCCUGUACAUUUGUCAUAAAUAUACAAUAUUUUAAAAUGUAAUCACAUUCUUAUUCCAUCAUUAUAAAUUACUGCAUUAUAACUGAUCAUAAUGCGUUACUGUGUGUAGUGAUGUUGUAAACUUGAGUGUUAAUAUUUAUCCCGGUCACAUGUUUCAGUAUUAGGGGCUAUGACAUCAUGUCAGUUACCUUUCAGAUAAUUUUAGAUCAACAGAAAUGCCGAAGUAUCUCUGCUUUCUCAUUGAACUGAAUUAGGACUAGCUGCUAAGAUGUGAUGCUAGUUUAUCACAGUGCUUAUUAAAGUAGGAUGUACAUGGUGAGAAACAUCAAUGAUUGCCAUUAGCCAGAUAGAUCUGAAAAUGUACAUUUAAGGGUUAAUGGUAAACUCUUGUUUUCCAUUGUUUUGGUGCAGUUGUGGUCUUUAACAUCAUAGUUUACCUGCAGAACUGUCUUAAUAAU